UUCCAGUUAGCAAAGUUCAGAACCCAAACACACACACACAAACACAAAUAAUGAAGAAUCCUUUCCCAAACUGUUUAGUAGCAGUUCUGUUGCUAGCUUAUUGUAUCUACUUUUCCGGAGCUGUUACAAACUUAGAAAGCGAUGAAUUUGCUCUUCUUCAAUUCAUCAAAACACUCAUCACUUCAGACCCAGAAAACAUACUAGCCAAAAAUUGGUCCACCGGCACCCCCACUUGCCAAUGGACCGGCGUCGUGUGCAACGGCAAGCCGAGGGUAGCCGCCGUGCAUCUCUCCGGCCUCGGCCUCUCCGGCAUAAUUUCGCCGAGUCUCGGAAAUCUCACAUUCCUCACCUCACUAGACAUCAGCGACAACCACUUCACCGGCCAAAUUCCAGGUGGCCUAUCAAAGUUGCGCAGAUUAAAAGAAUUGAACUUUGGCAGCAACAAUUUGGUCGGAUUAGUACCAUUUUGGGUUGGAUCAUUACCACACCUCAAAAAGCUCAUUCUCUAUAACAACAAUUUCUCUGGGACCAUUCCACCAUCUCUAUGCAACAUCUCAAUGAUGGAGCAACUGGAUAUGGGCUCCAACAUGUUACGAGGGAAUAUUCCACAAGAAAUCGGGAAUCUUUCCAAGCUGGAAUCGCUGUACCUGGAUAGUAACAUGCUCACAGGUUCUCUACCAGACAGGAUCUUUAACGUAAGCUCUUUGCGAAUCCUUAAUCUCAAGGGUAAUGGCCUGUCUGGGAGACUGCCAUCAGAUAUGUGCAAUAAUCAUGCUACCAAUCUUCAAGAAUUAUAUCUCUAUGAAAAUGAGUUCGACGGCCAGAUUCCAUCGUCUAUAUGCAAUUGUAAGGAGAUCAAACUUCUAGCCUUGUAUUCCAACAAGUUUAAUGGCAGUAUCCCAAAAGUAAUUGGCCGUUUCACCAUGCUCCACUCCUUAUAUCUCUCAGUAAACAACUUCAGGGCCGGUACACUUCCAGCAGAGAUAGGUAAUCUCACACAAUUGAAGACACUUGGACUAGCAAGUAUCAGUUUAACAGGGCAGAUUCCUAGUUUUCUCUUCAACAUUUCCUCUUUGAAGCGACUAGAUCUCAAUAACAAUAGUCUUUCUGGAAACUUGCCUGUAGACUUAAGUUAUAAUCUGCAUGGCCUUGAGGAAUUAUACAUUGGUAGCAAUCAACUUGUGGGGCCCAUCCCAACCAAGAUAUAUAGAUUAACUAACCUUCAGAAAUUGGAAGUGUCAAAAAAUCAACUCACGGGUAGCCUGCCCAGGGAAUUCGGAAACCUCACAUUUCUAAAGUUUCUAGACAUCAACGCUAACAACUUGACAGGUGGAUUACCUGCCGAAUUGGGCAGACUAAAGCUGGAGGUAAUUGGACUCAAUGAAAACAGUUUAUCUAGCUUCAUCCCGUUUGAAAUAUUCAACAUAUCAACACUGAAGUCCAUAGACUUGACACUCAAUCAUUUCUCAGGACAUCUUCCCUCAAGUUUUGGCCUAUGGCUUCCCAAUCUUGAAGAGUUGUAUUUAGGCGACAACCAGUUAAAAGGGUUCAUCCCUAGCUCCAUCUCAAAUGCUUCAAAGUUGAGUACAAUAUCCAUUACCAGUAACAAUUUCACAGGCUCACUACCAAAUCUUAGCAAUUUGAGACAGUUACGGAGGCUUAUAGCAGCAGGAAAUAAUAUAACGGGAAAUUUGAAGUUUCUCUCAUCUUUAGCAAAUUGUAGAUACUUGGAGUUAAUAGAAGUGUCAUUAAACCAGUUUAAUGGCGUCUUGCCAAAUUCUUUAGGGAAUCUCUCAACUUCACUUAAGCGGUUCACUGCUUUUGGGUGCGGAAUUAGGGGAGUCAUUCCAACUAGUAUUGGAAACUUGACAGGCUUGACAGAGAUAUCCUUGGAUAGCAACCAGUUGACAGGCUUUAUCCCAUCCACCCUUGGGAAAUUAGUCCAUCUUGAACGCAUUUAUUUGGAGUAUAAUAGGUUGCAAGGACAUAUUCGUACUCAUCUUUGCAAAUUAAGCAUCUUAGGAGACAUUUAUGUUUCUCACAAUAUGCUCAGUGGACCGAUACCAACAUGUUUUGGAGACUCAAAAUCACUAAGAAGGCUUUAUUUGGAUUCCAACAACUUCAACUCUACAAUUCCUUUAAAACUUUUUCAGCUUGGUGAUCUUGUGGCUCUAAACCUCUCCUCAAACUCCUUCACUGGCAAUCUACCAUCACUGGUUAAAAACCUGAAGCAAGCUACCGAUCUUGACUUAUCAAGCAAUAAGCUUUCGGGUCAUAUCCCGAGCUCAAUAGGCAAAGCACAAUCACUGGCUUACCUUUCCUUGGCAGACAAUAAAUUUGAAGGUCCUAUCCCUCUGUCUAUGCCCAACUUGAUAGGCUUAGAGCACCUGGAUCUGUCUUCUAAUAAUCUGUCGGGUACAAUCCCAAAGUCACUACAGGAUCUCAAACAUCUCCAGUUCUUGAAUGUGUCUUUCAAUAAGCUAGAAGGUGAAAUUCCAAGUGGUGGGUGUUUCUCAAACUUCACGCCUCAAUCGUUUCUGCACAACCAAGCACUCUGCGGUCCAGCAUGGCUACAUGUCCUGCCAUGCCCUACCAACCAUCAUAAGCCAUCUUUGGUAAAGUAUAUUCUGCCACAGUUAAUAGUAGCAAUGCUUGUGGUAGUGAUUGUUAUUUUGUGGAUGCGAUCACGAAACCGAAACCAAACCAUGGAGCAAGAUGCAGCAGAAACUACAAUUCUUCCACCUGAAGCAUUUUUUAGGAAGGUAUCAUACUAUGAACUUGUGCAAGACACAGAUUCCUUUAGCGAAGCUAAUCUUCUUGGCGUAGGAGGUUUCGGUUCAGUAUAUAGAGGGGCGCUCAAUGAUGGCACCAAUGUAGCAGUGAAGGUUUUCAACUUGCAAGUAGAAGGAUCAAUGAGGAGCUUUUAUGCUGAAUGUAAAAUAUUGGGCAGUGUUCGCCAUAGAAACCUCACAAAAAUCAUCAGUUGUUGCUGCAAUGCUAAUUUCAAAGCAUUAGUUCUCGAGUACAUGCCUAAUGGAAGUCUGGAGAAGUGGUUGCAUUCUCAUGAAUACUAUCUAGAUAUCCUACAAAGAUUGAACAUAGCAAUUGAUGUUGCAUUGGCAUUAGAGUAUCUCCAUUACGGUUAUUCAACAUCUAUCGUGCAUUGCGAUCUAAAGCCAAGUAAUAUUCUGUUGGACGAAGACAUGGUUGCACAUGUUUCUGAUUUUGGCAUUGCGAAGCUCUUUGAGGGAUCUGAGUCAAUGGCUCAAACUAAGACAUUAGCCACACUUGGAUAUAUGUCACCAGAGUACGGGAUGGACGGAAUAGUAUCAAAAAGUGGUGACGUGUACAGUUAUGGCAUUACACUAUUGGAAAUGUUCACUAGGAAGAAGCCCACCGACGAAAUAUUUGAGGGAGAAAUGAACUUGAAGCUUAUGGUAAGCCGGUGUAUAGAGCGCAACUCAAUCAUGGAAGUUGUUGAUAGCAACAUGAUCAGGGAAGGAGAUGAGUAUUUUGCUAUAAAGGCAGAGUGUGUGUUGUCAAUCUGUGGCUUAGCAAUGGCUUGCUUGAGAGAUUCUCCCCAACAAAGGAUCAACACGAGGGAAAUUGUGGGUACAUUGCAACAACUUAGGACUUCUUACUUAGCAAAAGUUAGAAGUUUACCAGAGAAAUCGAGAAAUCUUCCGAUGUUGCGAUCAUUCACCACAGGAAAAUCGCCGUGAAAUAUCGCGCGCAGAGACAAAUGGAAGCUGAGAUGGUAAUAAGUAUUAGUUACCGUACAUGUAUUAUAAAGCAUAAGUUUUUUUUUUAAAUUUAGUUUUGUGCAUUUUAAUAGUAAAAUAAUUAAUUAAAGACAACCAAAACAAGACAACUAUUGUUUA